UACCACACAAUGACAAACGUAAUCGAUUAAUGUAAGGUACCUAACUCUAUGUUUUUUUUUUCUACAGAAAAGAGUGUUUCUGUAAAUUGUAAUGCAGAUAAUGAAUGUCUAAGACCAAUGACCUGUGAAGGCAGAACAUGUGAAUGUGCUAUAAAUCAGCGUUGGACAGGGUUGACCUGUGCUGCACUGUCCGGUGUUCCAACAAGCGUCACUCUUAGUGCGAAAAGCAGAAGUAUUCGGAUAUCAUGGAGUAAGCCGGUCGAAUCAAAAAGUACCAUACUAGGAUACCGUUUAAGAGUCCUAGUAAAUAAUGAUUGUGUAGCAGAAGUACUCCUUGUUUGCAGUACUGGCUGUACCAAUGUGCUGAUACAGCAUGUGUGCUCUGCAGACAAAAGACAGAUUCGAGAAAAUAGAAGAAAUAUCGAACUGAUGGAACCAAUAUCGUAUGAAAUAAACCAGUUACUACCUUAUACAGAUUAUAACGUGUGGAUAAAUGCGAUAAAUGACGCUGGUAAUGGCAACAAGAGUGAAACAUUAGUAACAACUGAUUCCGAAGUUCCUCAAAAGCCUUCUGAGGUAGCUGCGUUAGUUGAGAGUUUUAGUGAAAUAAAAUUAACAUGGAACCUGCCAGGACCAACACCAGGGAUUACUACAUAUUAUAUCAAAAUGUAUGAAGUGGUUCUAAAUGCUCUACCAGCAUUUAUUAAAGGAGUUAACGUAAUUGGUUUUAAUAAGCAGGUCGCGCAGUUGUCUGGACUAGAGGCAUAUUGGAAUUAUACGUUUACAGUAGUUGCUACGACAGAUAAAGGCAGCAGUGAACAGUCUGAUAUGUCAUCUGUAGUAACAACAUAUCAAGAUGCUCCCGGCAAAGUAACUAAUUUUGUAAUAAAAAGACCAUCGGCGAUCUUAACGACAAUGGAAGUUUCCUGGGGUAUGCCUUUAUUAAGAGAAAGAAACGGUAUCAUUAGGGAGUAUAAGAUUAACCAUAACAUCAGUGGGACAACAACGACCGAAACAAUAGCUGCAGAAUCUGAAAUUUUCCAAAAAUUGUAUUACAUCACACCAGAUAGACAUUAUCAGAUUGAGAUAUAUGCUAUGAAUUCACUCAACCAAGCUGGAGAAAAACUGCUGAAAAUAUAUUACGCUUCAUCAAAAAUUGAAUCACAACCACAAGCGUCACCUAAAGGAUAUACAAUAGAAACAGUGGUAGGAGCUGCAGUUAGUUGUGUCAUAGUCGGUGGUAUCAUCAUUGGCCUUGUAUUUUGCUUAAUCUGGAGGCGCAGACGAAAUAUAAAUUCCAAACAAUCAAAAUCAAAGUCUACCCAAGAAGAGUCAAAGAUUGGAGGUCAAUACGAGGAAAUGGGAAUAAACAAUGUAUCAGCUAACAUAGAACUUAGAACAGCAGAUGAUAAAAACGUGUAUGACCAGAUUGAUAGAACACCUACAGCAGAUAAACAAUAUGAAAACAUGAUGUGUAAAUGAUAUUUUGAUGUUUCUAUUUUGUUAACGUAUGAGUUACUUUUAAUGUACAAAACACGUGUUCAUUGACUAACCUUUUUAAAAUCUUAGUAGACGAAGAAACGGGCAAAAAUACUACGGCACACUAAACAUCUGUUAGUAAAAUAACAACAGCAUGGCAAUUUUUGAAUUUUAUUUCAAAAUGAGUUUUAUCUAUCAGCUCAUUGACACAAUUUUGUCAUGUGACCGUGACGUCAUCAACGUUUUUCAUGAAUAACUCCAGCUUGAAACGGAAUUUAGAAUUAAAUUAUAAGGAAUUACUAUAAAAAACAAUUUCUGUCUAUUUGAAAUAACAUACAAAAUGUGGUGCUACCUUUAAAAUAACCCGGUACGCGGGUCAUUCAGUAUGCACCACAUUUUUAAUGUUAUUUCUUCAUAGACACACAAAAUAUUACAGUCAUUCCGUAGAUACAUUGCAACAUUUAAUAUAUUUAUUUUUGUUUGUGUUUUAAUUUUAUUUGAUAGAUCUAGAUUUUCAAAGAAAUCAUAGUUACUAAAUGUGUAUCACUCAUGUCACCAGACUGAGUGUAGGUUUCUUGUGCACAUAUAUUCACGACUAAUUUACAAUAGUUUGGUUACUUGAACGUUAGUUUUCCGUAAAAUAUUUAAGUGGACUUUUUGUAUCUUCUGCUUUUUAACUUUUGUUUCUCGCUCGUUAAACUUGUUAUGUUUCUUUUCUGUCAUAAUAAUAAACAAACACACUCUGUA